UCUCCAUCUCGAUGAUCUCAUCUCGUCAUAGCUCACAGAAAGGUCCAUACAGAGCGGCGGCGACCUCGGCAGCUUCGAAAAUACAUUAGCUUGCCUUAGCCUCUCUUAGCUUGGCUGCUUGUCUCAUUAACCGUCCAAGCGCCUCAACAUUCGCCAGUCAGUCAGUAUGUGUGCAGACACAGAAUAAUGUAAUACCUAAUCCAUUCUCUGUUUGUUGAGGAAGCUCGUCUCUAUGACACGCCACGAUGCGGGCCUCCCUCCCGCCUUCGUGGAAAGCAUUGCCGGCCUGACCGCCGGCUCAGUCUCCACCCUCGUGGUCCAUCCCUUGGACAUCGUCAAGACUCGCAUGCAAAUCCACCGCAGCAAUGCUGCCACUUCUCAGGCCCUGACCACUAUCUCGGUCCUGCGUGGUUUGACAAGGACGCCACACCCAGUCGCCGCCCUCUACCGCGGUCUGACGCCAAACCUGCUCGGCAACGCCUCGAGUUGGGCCUCGUUCUUCUUCUUCAAGGCCCGUGCCGAGAGCGCCAUCUUGGCUGUCAAGGGUCGAUCGCGCGCCGACCAUGAUGCGGUCGCCCUCACGCCCCAGGAUUAUUUCGUCGCCUCCGGCGUCGCGGGCAUGUGCACCCAGGUGCUCACCAACCCCAUCUGGGUCCUGAAGACGCGGAUGCUGUCUUCCGAUCGUGGCGCGGUUGGCGCAUACCCGAGUAUGUGGGCGGGUGCCGCGCAGCUCCUGCGGACUGAAGGGUGGAGGGGGUUCUACCGUGGUCUGGGAAUCAGCCUCUUCGGCGUCUCCCACGGAGCCGUCCAGUUCGCCGUCUACGACCCCCUGAAGCAGAUGUACUUCAGGAGACGGGAGAGGCUUGCCGGAGCGACUCUUCGCUCCGAUGAUCGCGAAAAGUACUCGAUGACCAACGAGGCCACGCUGGUCAUCUCGAGCGUGUCUAAGCUGGUAGCUGGCGCGGUCACAUACCCGUACCAGGUCAUCCGGAGCCGGCUCCAGAACUACGAUGCUGAGGAACGGUUCGGACGGGGUAUUCGUGGUGUUGUGAAGAGGACUUGGACUGAGGAAGGAUGGCGAGGCUUUUACCGUGGCAUUAUCCCUGGGGUGGUGAGAGUCAUGCCCGCAACCUGGGUCACGUUUCUUGUGUAUGAGAACACCAAGUUCUACCUCCCUAAAUGGACGAAUGAUCCUAGCAUACAAGCAUAGACCAGUAGAUCUCUAUCUGUUAUGUAUUCCUUCCGUGUAGGCCAGUCUUAGAAAUGUAUUAUGCCACGUUUUAAUCA